CGACCCCCCCAUCCCCAUCCCCUCCUCCUCCCCUCUCAUCCUCCACGGCUCUCGUCUAAUUGUAUCGUGGCUCUGACUGAGUGGCGGCGGACCGACCAGCUCUGGUGUGAGGCUUUGGACUGAUGUCUCUGCCUGUCAGGAAUUUAAAGUGUCUCUCGCCGGUCAUGUGCCAGUGUAAGGUCAUCUGCAGCAACCGGACCCUCUCUCUCAUGUUCGGGUGCAAGAAGUACAGGUACCAGGAUGAGGAGACGCCCCCCUUGGAGCACAGUCCAGCACAUCUGGCUCCAGGGAAAAGUGCCGAGAUGCUUCACAUGAGUGACAAGAACCUUGCUGCCAUGGAGGCUAUACAUGGCUACACACCACACACACAUAUCUCUCCUGUCAAGCCAGUGUUGAUGUCUACAGGACACACUCCAAUGUACACCUCCGCUGUUUCCACACUGGGAAAUACUCCUCCAGUGGUGGUGAACACUGACACACUCGAUGGCUCCCCAUAUGUGAAUGGGACAGAAGGGGAAAUCGAGUAUGAGGAAAUCACACUGGAGAGAGGUAACUCAGGCCUGGGCUUCAGCAUAGCAGGGGGAACAGACAAUCCCCAUGUGGGCGACGACCCCAGCAUCUUCAUCACCAAAAUCAUACCCGGAGGAGCUGCGGCUCAGGAUGGACGACUGAGUGUGAACGACUGCAUCCUAUUUGUGAAUGAUGUUGAUGUGAGGGAGGUGACACACAGCCAAGCCGUGGAGGCUCUUAAGGAGGCAGGUGCUAUCGUCCGCCUCUACGUACUCCGCAGGAAACCAGCAGCAGAGAAAGUCACUGAAAUCAAACUCAUCAAAGGGCCUAAAGGAUUAGGUUUCAGCAUUGCUGGAGGGGUGGGAAACCAGCACAUACCAGGAGAUAACAGUAUCUAUGUCACCAAGAUCAUUGAAGGCGGAGCGGCUCAUAAAGAUGGGCGUCUGCAGAUUGGGGAUAAGAUCUUAGCGGUGAACAACGUGUGUCUGGAGGAUGUGAUGCAUGAGGAUGCGGUGGGGGCUCUGAAGAACACAGCCGAGGUGGUGUACCUCAGGGUGGCCAAGCCCAACAACCUGUUCCUGACCAACUCCUACAACCCUCCGGACCUCACCAGCACAUAUUCCCAUAUGGAUACUGAACUCAGCCACCCCAACUAUCUCGGGUCAGAUUACCCACAAGCCCUUACUCCCACCUCACCUAGUCGGUUUUCUCCGGUUCUGCACGGCCUGAUGGGAGAUGAUGACAUCCCCAGGGAGCCUCGCAGAGUUCUGAUCCACCGAGGCUCCACAGGUCUGGGAUUCAAUAUUGUUGGAGGAGAGGAUGGAGAGGGAAUCUUUAUCUCCUUCAUCCUGGCAGGAGGGCCAGCUGACCUCAGUGGAGAGCUGCACAAGGGCGAUCAGAUCCUCAGUGUGAACGGCGUGGACUUGCGUAUGGCCACACAUGAACAAGCAGCUGCAGCACUGAAGAACGCCGGCCAGACAGUGACCAUCAUCGCUCAGUACAGACCCGACGAGUACAGUCGUUUUGAGGCUAAGAUCCAUGACUUGAGGGAACAGCUGAUGAACAGCAGCAUGGGCUCUGGGACUACGACGCUAAGGAGCAACCCAAAGAGAGGCUUCUACAUCAGGGCCCUUUUUGACUAUGACAAGACUGCAGACUGUGGCUUCCUCAGUCAGGCGCUGGGCUUCAAGUUCGGGGAUGUGCUGCAUGUGUUGGACUGCGGAGACGAGGAGUGGUGGCAGGCCCGAAAGGUCUGCCCCCAGAACGAGGCCGAGGAGGUCGGCUUCAUCCCCAGCAAGCACAGGGUGGAAAGAAAAGAAUGGUCUCGUGUUAACACCAAAGAGAGGGACCAUGGUCGGGACAGCCUGAGUACUCAAGGGAGAGAUAAACCCUCACACAGUUAUGAGACAGUCACCCAAGUGGAAGUUCAUUAUGCGAGGCCCAUCAUCAUUCUGGGUCCUGUGAAGGACAGGAUAAAUGAUGACCUGUUGUCUGAGUUCCCUGAUAAAUUUGGAUCUUGUGUCCCACACACCACACGGCCCAAGAGGGAAUAUGAGGUGGAUGGGCGGGACUAUCACUUUGUGUCGUCAAGGGAACAGAUGGAGAAGGACAUCCAGAGCCAUCGGUUCAUCGAGGCGGGCCAGUACAACAGUCACCUGUACGGCACCAGUGUCCAGAGUGUCCGUGAGGUGGCUGAGCAGCAGGGGAAGCACUGCAUCCUGGAUGUGUCAGCCAAUGCGGUGCGCAGACUACAAGCUGCUCAGCUUCAUCCCAUCGCCAUCUUUGUCCGGCCCAAGUCACUGGAGAAUGUCCUAGAGAUCAACACUCGCCUGACAGAAGAGCAGGCCAGGAAAGGAAUGGAUCGAGCCCUCAAACUAGAACAAGACUUCCUAGAGUGUUUCUCAGCUGUCGUGGAAGGGGACAGCUUCGAAGAGGUCUAUCACAAAGUAAAGACAGUGAUUGAGGAGCAAUCAGGGCCUUACAUCUGGAUCCCCACUCGGGAGAGGCUGUGAUGCUGCACCCGCUCAACCACCCCUCCCUCCCUCACAGCCACCGACCAACACCACCCUUCACCCUCACAGCCAAGCCAGCCUCGCCUGCCUGUCCGUCCUCCAGCAAAGUCAGUGCUUAGGCAAUCACAGAGAAUGACACAGAGAGACAAAUGCAUACUAAGACAAACACAGGAAGUGACACAGCGAGGCAAAGAACAAUACCAAAAAAGAGACUCUGAGACAGAUAUGAACACAGUGAUGUGUAAUUAGACUGAAACAGACUGAGAGAAAAGACUUAAUCAGUAUUCCACUUUAAUGAGGCAGGACUGAGUACUGAGGCCCUGUUCACACUUGGCAUUAAAAUACAUCUUGAUCACAGGUGGAUGGCUCUAAAUACAGCUGCACAUACAGCUGGGGACCCAAAUGUCCUAAACACAGUUUAUGUAGUGAUGCCAGACAACUUAGACAAAAUUAAAAUGUGUGUAUAAGAGGUGAGGUACCUCAAUCUUUAUCCCUUGUCGUAUGGCAGAGUGUAAAUGUGUGUUUUCUCCAUGUAGAUGCCGUUUCCAAGCAGAUAAAAGCAUAUGUGAAGUGAAAUCCAAUCAGAGGUGAGACAGAUUCCAGAUGCAUUCUGAUGCCAAGUGUGAACUGCCGUCCAUCUCAUCUGGAUCUAGACAGUCUGGAUAUAUCUGGACACAAGACAUUAGGUCUGAGCAGGGCUUUAAAAGGGAGUAGAGGGUGACCCAGCAGGGAUGGACCCUGAGGUAGUUUUAAGCCCGCCUCGCCCUCCCCGCCCCUCUCAAGUCUCACGCCCCCAUUGAACGCCUCCACGCGCCUAUGUCUGAGAUGGAGGUGCCCAAAAAGACGUUGGCCCCUCUUUUUAUAUCACCUCCACGCUUUCUCUCCUCCUCCUCCUCCUCCUGUCAGCUCUGUCUUGUUUCAGGACAGAAAAGGGGGAAGACCGAGAACGGGGCGCCCAGAUUCCCCAUUGACCAGGAGUCUUUUCUCGGCAAAGAGAGUCCCUUUUCUUGUGAAUCUCUUCUUGGUUCUGAGUGACACCUCAGCGACCAAGACUGACAUUUGCUCAAUCACCCAUGUCGAAUAUUGCGAGGCAUUAUUUAAAGGCAGUUCAAAUAAUUAUAAUGAAGAAAAACUCAUAUGCUGAAUUUGUGCAUGCAUCCUCAAAGACAAUGGAGACAGGAGACAAAAACAAUGGAAAAAUCAGACUUAAAAAAAAGAAAAGAAAAAAUAAUAAUAAAAAGAAAGGCGAGUAAGUAGGGUGUGUUCUCCUUCUCCACCUCCUUAUUGUGGAGGAGUUUUUAAGCAUGUCUCAUGAAGGAAGAAGAGAAGAGAGGUACGGUCAUGAGAUAUGGUCAUGAGAGGCUAGUCCUGAGCGCAGUAGAUGCUCUGACAUACAGUUUAGCCUCUGCUCUCUUAUGCACACACACUCACGCGCACCCACACACAAACAUACACUCUCACACCCAUCCACCGAAACACACACACACAC